UUUCUAUCCGAUGUGGGACUAUUGGGUGUUAUAGUAAGUUAAGUUGUAGUUGCAGCCACAAUUUUGUAGCAUUGGAGGGGGAUAAAUUGUCAGUGCUUUUGAAAUUUUCCGGGUGUUUUUAGCCACCAUAUUAUCAAAUUAGGCCUUAUACCAUUUGAUGUAUUUGAAUGACUCUAGGUCAUUGUAACUUGUUUCUAUAGAGCUCUAUAGCUGAGUUCUUCAACUAUUAUCUCAAAGUUUGGAUCUAUCGGAUAUGGAGACAGCACGCAGGGUGAAAAUUAACACAAGUUGUAUUACGAUGGGUUAAUUGAGGGAUGAACUGAAGUGCACGAGGGACAUUUUGGCGCAGCCCUCACUGAGUUUGAAAUGGAAGAACCACAAGGACGGACGAGAGGCAUACAAGAGUUUUCUUCUAGAACCGAAAAAAAAGAGUCUGCUAUUUGUAAGAAAAGACCUCCAUGUCAAAAUAUCUUCUACUUCUAAUCAACAAGGAGUAUUGCAAAAUCUUGGCCUAAAUCAGAAUAACAAAAGAAACGACACAAACUUUCCGAAGGAUAAUAAAGGAACACCCAAAACUAUAAAUUCGGGGGCCUAAACAAUUGAAUUUGGGUCCACAACUGAGCUGAAACAGCAAAGUUGUUCAACGCGUGCGGCCCAAAGGUUAUUUCCGGACUGUGGUUGCAUGUAGAAAACAGACACCCGCGCACAAGUUAUGGCCGUGUUUUUCCGAAAAAAGGUCAAACCAGCAUUUAAACUAGCCCAACUUACACCAACUGGGCGUCAAUUGAAUUUUUUUUGAACCGGCUUAGCCCGGUGGCACAAUGCUAGAUUGGCCACAUCACAUUUUUUAAUUUACCAUUAUUUUCAAGACUAUUCUGAACCAUUUCCUACAGAACUAGUCCCCCUGAGCUCAAAGAGGUCAUAAUUUCUGAUUCGUUUCAUCCAGCAUAUAACGGGUUGAAUCCACCUCCUUUAUCUGCUCUGUUACCUUUCUUGUAACGGCACCUAGCAUGCUUCGAGUGACAUCUACCUUGCACGUAAGAUUAAUCUUGGAUUUUAUUAGACCGACUUCUGAGUAACAUUCUUUUUUACGCUUGAUAAAAGUACAUGGAAUCAUAUGUUGCUUCUACUUAGGCUCAACAUGGGGCUGCUGGUAGAAUGCGGUGCAAGCAGUGAGAAAGUACAAAUGGAAGUACUCUUUCUAUUUCACUAAGUGGUAUUACAUUUCGCAAAUUGCGUUGGUUCAGUUAAAAUUUUGUUUCUGCAGUCUGACCAAAAAACUAAGAAGCAGGUUUUUAUAUGCUUCCGUAACAACCUUUUGGCCCACUAACAUUAGGCUGCUGUUAGUACCAGACAGGUCCUUAGUCUAUGUAAUAAGGCUGGUCCAAGCUUGAGGUGUGCUACUAUAUUCAAACCUAGGUUACCUAGAAAGCAGAUCAAUAUAGUUUGCAGAAUGGGGAUGGGUUCGCAUAAUGCCACUUAGGCACUUAUUGUAAAACAUGGUACGAUGGGGGUAGUCUUUGUUGACAUGUUUAUGGAAAUAGAAAAUACUUACUUGAAACACAAAAUGUAAAUAAAUAAAAAAUAUCACAUACAUACAUACAUACAUACAUAUGUACAAAUGUAUAUUCUAGUAUACCUAAGUUUAUGUGUGUGUAUUGGUCUUAAUAUGAUUUCAGUAUAGAGUAAAAUAGGUUAGGAUGGGAUUGGUCGUUUUGCCAUUCCAGUCUGCUGGUGAUCCACAAAUCGGAAUGCACAUUCCAAUUCGAAAUUCGAAGGGUGUAUUGCGAAUUAGGUAACCAUCAGUUAAACUUGCCGAUUUGGGUAUCUUCUUUUUUUGUUCCAAAUGUUCAUAUAAUUUUAGUUCAGUGAUGAGAAUUUGAAUGAAUUUAUCUUAAGGUGGCUGGACUGGUCAAGGGGCAUUGACUAUGUGUGGUAGGCUUCAGUGUGUUGGCAUAUAUGCAUUUGCAUAUCAUAAUAUUUAGCGUGCGUUUUGAAUAUCUUCUGAAGUAUCUUCUCUAUUUGGAAAGCUGUAUCUAAGCAUUUGACAAACAAAAACUCUGAUGCUUUUGUUGUGUAUGAAGCUUCAGAACUGAUUGAAUGCUUCAAUGGAAAGCUUUUGAAGAGGCUUAUAAUAAUGCUAUUGUUACUUAUCAAGAAGCUUUACUCAAAGCCCUUAAGUUUAUAAAGAUACACAAACUUGUCAUGAAACUACAAAAGUGGAACAUUAUGCUAGAGCGACAUUUGCCCUCUGUAAAUUUUGAAAAUUCAUAAUAUUAAUGCUCCAACUAAUCGUAAUUUAUCCUGUGAGGCCCUAAAAUCAACAAGGGCUCAUUAGAUAAAUUGAAUAAGCUAUGCUACUGAAAUGUCAGCUUGCAGAGCUACACUCCUAAUGUUGGAGUUCAGUCUCAUGCAACAUCAAAGAUACUAUGAAGAGCAAGCAAGCCAAAAAGGGUGAAAGUGACGUACCUCCAGGGGCAGUGGCUGGAACUCUUGAGACGCAUACGAGUGAUAUAGCUAAUUUCAUCCGGGAGGAGAUCAGCUCGCCACCUGUUCUGAUUGGACAUUCAUUUGGAGGAUUGAUUGUUCAGUCUUAUAUUUCAAACAUGAUGAAUAAGCGUUCUUCUGAUGAUUGGCCAUCUUCAGCUGAUUCUUUGCACCCUGAACUUGCAGGUGCUGUACUUGUAUGUUCUGUGCCUCCCAAUGGAAAUAGUGGGCUUGUGUGGCGGUAUCUCCUGACCAAGCCAGUUGCUGCUUUCAAGGUUACAAUGAGCUUGGCUGCAAAAGCUUUCGCAAAUUCUUUGUCCCUUUGUAAGGAAACAUUUUUCUCCCCAGAAAUGGAAGAUCAUCUAGUUCUAAGGUACCAAGAGCUAAUGAAAGAAAGUUCAAAGCUUCCAUUGUUCGACUUGAAGAAGCUUAAUGCAUCAUUACCUGUACCUUCGAUACCAAGAAAUUCUGUAGAUCUUCUCAUUAUGGGUGCAAGUAAUGACUUCAUAGUCGAUGCUGAAGGGCUUACAGAAACAGCAAAGUUUUACCAGGUAGAACCAGUGUGUGUGGAAGGGCUAGCCCAUGACAUGAUGCUAGAUUGUGGAUGGGAAAAAGGUGCUCACAUAAUCCUGUCAUGGCUCAACAACUUACAUAACGAUCGCGCAGCUUGAUUUUUUUUUUCUUUCCUUUUAACUUUGGAGUGAAUUUUCUAGAAAUAGCAUGAACAUCGACGAUAUCUUGUUUAUGAGAUAAUUUAGACAAAUAAUAUUUUCGGUGCUGUUUUUUUGCUGCAUUAGUUGAUUAUGUUUUGCUUGAGA